UGAGAAAGCUGAAGAGGCCAGAAAGAUGACUGACAAAACCGGACAAGCCACUUCGUUGAUCGGUCACCCAUCUCACCCUACGCGAGAGUACGUCUACGGCGAUGGAUUUGAAGAGCACGAGGUUCGACCAGGGUCGUCCAACAAGCGGCGCCACAGCACCACCGUGGAAGAGGAUGAUUCUGUCAAGAAGCGACGCGUGGGACAAGGUGAACCGCGUGGUAUCUUGACGAUGCAGCAGCGUGGUGAGAAGGAUGAAGGACACCGUUCCCAUUCAUCGGCGAGCAAGCGCCGUGAUGAGAGCGCCGCGACACAUGCCUUGACGAGGAUGAACCGCCUGCUGCCCUUAAGCCGACCAGACCGUACCGCAAUACUUUGUCUGAAGUAGCUGAAGCACGCAAGUCUUCAUUGGACAUCUCCUUCGACGACAUUGCCAGCAACAAGUCUACGAAGCAACAUCGCGGUAGAUUCUUUGGUCAGCCUGCCUCGGUCGUCGAUGACCUAGAGGCAUCUUCACAUCGCAAGACGAGCAAGCCAGACCGCAUCUCUCGAGACAAGGAGGAUCCCAACUGCGGCAGCUUCCUGACUUCUGCUAGCAAGACGAACACAUCAAACCGUGGCAG